AUGGCAGAGCAAGCAGCACCCCAGGGAACAGACCCUGCACCUCCGGGUCCUAAAAAGUGUCCCUUUACCCCUGAACAAAGACAUGAAAUUAAAAAAAUCAUGAAGGAAUGUAAAGAGGAAAGCUUUUGGUACAGAGCUCUGCCUCUGUCUCUUGGUAGCAUGCUUGCCACUCAGGGCCUCGUUUACAAAGGAUAUCUGUCGGCAAACAAAAGGUUUGGAUCCUUGCCAAAAGUUGCUUUGGCGGGUGUCCUGGGUUUCGCAGUUGGAAAGAUUUCAUACAUUAGCGCUUGCCAGAAAAAGUUUCAAAACACCGGUAUGGAUAAUAUGUUUCAAGCUGGUUUUGUUCCUGGCAUCGGAUGUGGAUUUGGUCCCCAAUUUUUUGGAAAAACGUCACAAGCACUGUCACCACCACUGCGAGGACUGUAAGAAGAAAUGUGCCGAGGAAUGUAAGAAGAAAUGUUCAAAGGAAAAAGAACAGACCGCACAGCCCCCCUCUACCUCCUGA